CCCUAAAAUCAGGAACCUCCAGCGGAUACGCACACACACUUACCCACACACCCCAAAAAUAAAGAAGUAACAAACAGAAACUCUGUCCCUUUUCGACGGCCACUGUCAGGGUAGGUUGCCCUUUACAGUGUGUCUCUAGUUGGCUUCUUUUUUGGGCCUUUGCCGAUCUCUGAGGCCCCCUGCAUGAUAAGGUGCGUGAGUUAGAUCAUUGGUUUCAUUUGGUAAGAGGAAAUUUAGCAGAGUUGAGCAAUGGUACGGGGACAGUUUUGAAAGCCCUUGAGAAAGCAUCAGAGUUGCAGAUCGAGUGUCAGGCGGCGAGGAAUCCAUGCUGCAUCCGUACAGAAUGGAGGGGUACAUCAUCCCACCCAAAGAAGAGGGUAGAGAGAGAGUAACCUGGACUGGCUGGAUGUCACAGACACCGUCUGUACAAAAAGAUUACUGGGCAGUUUUAACCAAAGAUCAGCAAACAGAGGAAAUGUUUGAAUCAGAGAUGUAUCGACCACCAAUGGAGUAUCAGUAUAUCAUUGAUGAUGGUCAGAAUGAUCAUGCAUGGGAUUAUAAUACACAUCAUGUCCAUCCAGUGGAUUUCGAGAACUUGCCAGAUAGCCACUUCACAGAGCUCCAGAGUGUGCAGCCACUACAUGCAUCGAAUGUGCAUCGCUUCUCAGAUGUUGAGUCUGGUCAUUUUAUCGACCCAGGCCUGACCGGGCAUCACCUCACCCUGCCCCCUCCACAGAUGACAUAUUUGCCACGGCCAUCGGUGUGUUACCCUCACAGUGUACAGCCCUCUCCUCUCCAGCGCAGCUCGGAUGACGAUGACCCCGGCAGUCGCAGUCCUCCGUUAGAGGUGUCUGAUGAGGAGUGUAUGAGAGACCACAUUACUUCAACAACAGGAGGAGAACAUGGUAACAAGAAGAAAAUUCGCUUGUAUCAGUUCCUGCUUGACCUUCUGCGAAAUGGUGACAUGAAGGACAGCAUCUGGUGGGUGGACCGAGAAAAAGGAACAUUCCAGUUCUCUUCCAAGCACAAAGAGGCUUUAGCAAACCGCUGGGGUGUACAGAAGGGAAACCGCAAGAAGAUGACCUACCAGAAGAUGGCAAGGGCACUGAGAAACUAUGGCAAGACAGGAGAAGUCAAGAAGAUCAAGAAAAAGCUCACCUACCAGUUCAGUGGAGAGGUACUUGGGAAGUGCCACACAGAAAGGAAGCUUUACAUGUAAACACAUGCGCAAAAAGGCGAGAAAUAGACUUGGAGAACACAAGAGAUAACCUUUUUCUUCUGAGAAAACAGAAAAAGACUGGACCUGAACUUUUACCAUAGUUGUGACCCUAUGGUUUAAAACUCAACUAUUUUAAUUUUCAUUCCUUAUUCCUUCACCUUUGCAUUAAUUAAGUAAACCUUAAGUCAUUUUAAAAUGUCAAUAGUUUUCGUGCUGCAGGACCAACAUUUACACACGUCUGUACAGUGUAUAUAUAUAUAUGGGACGAGCACGGGUUAGUUCACCCAAAAAUUAAAAUUCUGUCAUUAAUUACUCACCCUCAUGUAGUUUCAAACCCGCAAGACUUUCGUUCAUCUUCGGAACACAAAUGAAGAUCUUUUUGAUGAAAUCUGAGAGAUGUCUGUCCCUCCAUUGACUGCAUUUGUAAUGACCACUUUGACGCUUCAAAAAGUUCAUAAAGAGAUCGUAAAACUAAUCAAUGUGAAUUGAGUGGUUUAGACCAAAUUUUCUGAAGAGACUCGAUCACUUUAUAUGCUAAACAGAUUUAAUUUAGGCUUUUAUUCACAUAUAAACAUUCAUCAACUCACACAUCAGUUGUGGUAAACGGAAGCUAAAGCACGUUUGCUUGACAUGUAAGAGAACCAUUGAGCUUCGUUCUUGUAUGUUACGCAGCACGUUUGAGCUUCUGGAAGAGGUUUGUUCUCGCGCAUCAAGCAGGUUCAGUUGAGCUUCUGUUUAUGCUCGCUGAUCAAUAUGUGAAUAAAACCCUAAAUUAAAUCUGUUCAUCAUAUAAAGCGAUCGAAUCUCUUCCGAAAAUUUGGACUAAACCACUCAAUUCAUAUGGAUUAGUUUUAGGAUCUCUUUAUGAACUUUUUGAAGCUUCAAAGUGGUAGUUGCGUAACUGUCUAUGGAGGGACAGAAAGCUCUCAGAUUUCAUCAAAAGAUCUUCAUUUGUGUUGAACGAAAGUCUUGUGGGUUUGGAACGACAUGAGGGUGAGUAAUUGACAGUAAGUAAUGUCAAACAGUAAGUGAGUAACUGGUAAGUGAGUAAUUAGAGUAAAUGACAGAAUUUUCAUUUUUGGGUGAACUAUCCCUUUAAAAGAGCAGAUACAGUGACCAAAGUGAGUCGAAUUUUAAAAAUUGUUAAGGACAGUUGCAAACUUUACCACCACACAUGAUGGAAAAAAAAAAAAAAAAAAAAUCACAAAAAUAUAAAAA